GGGACUCUAAGACCCGACGGAAGCCUCCGAGCGUGGCGUGGAGCAUGCGUGGCAAUGAUUUGUGCAGCUGGUUGCUGCCUUUCACGGAGCCACCAGUCCUAGCUGGGGCUGGAGGUGGGAGUGAAGAAGAGUUGGAGGUGAAAGUGAUUGCCCCAGCAGCGGCGGCGGCUUAGCUUUGCGGAUCAGGGCUUCCUUGGUUCCGACGCAGCUCUUUCUGUUCUGGCUCAGCCCAGAGGGAGCAACUGAGCAGCGAAGGGGGAGAGCAGGACUGUUUUGCAGCCCACGCGGUAAGCAUGAUUACUUGUAUUUGGCUGUUCAGGGACUCUAAUAAGAAGACGUAGCAAGGCUGAGGAUGGAGCUUUCUCCCAAGUGGCUCUCACACAAUGGCCAGAGAGGACUCGGUAAAGUGUUUGCGCUGCCUGCUCUAUGCCCUCAAUCUGCUCUUCUGGUUGAUGUCCAUCACAGUUUUAGCAGUUUCUGCCUGGAUGAGGGACUAUCUGAAUAAUGUUCUCACUCUAACUGCAGAAACAAGGGUAGAGGAAGCUGUUGUUUCCACUUAUUUUCCUGUAGUUCAUCCGGUUAUGAUUGCAGUCUGCUGCUUCCUUAUCAUUGUUGGGAUGUUGGGGUAUUGUGGAACAGUAAAAAGAAAUCUUUUGCUGCUUGUAUGGUAUUUUGGAAGUUUGCUUGUGAUAUUCUGUGUUGAACUGGCAUGUGGCGUUUGGACCUAUGAACAAGAAAUCAUGGUUCCUGUGCAAUGGUCAGACAUGGUCACUUUAAAAGCCAGAAUGACCAAUUAUGGCUUACCUAGAUAUCAGUGGCUCACUCAUGCUUGGAAUUUCUUUCAGAGAGAGUUUAAAUGCUGUGGAGUAGUCUACUUCACCGACUGGUUGGAAAUGACAGAAAUGGAUUGGCCUCCUGACUCCUGUUGCGUAAGAGAGUUUCCAGGUUGCUCCAAGCAGGCCCAUGAAGAAGAUCUUAGUGACCUUUAUCAGGAGGGUUGUGGUAAAAAGAUGUACACUUUCUUGAGGGGAACCAAGCAACUGCAGGUGCUUCGAUUUCUUGGAAUCUCUAUUGGGGUUACCCAAAUUCUGGCUAUGAUCCUUACUAUUACUUUGCUGUGGGCUUUAUAUUAUGACCGGCGGGAUCCAGGGACAGAUCAAAUACUGUCCCUAAAAAAUGACACCACCCAGCACCUGUCAUGUCAUUCAGUGGAGCUGCUGAAACCCAGCCUGACAAGGAUCUUUGAGCAUACAUCCAUGGCGAACAGCUUUAAUGCACACUUUGAAAUGGAGGAAAUGUAGCCUGAUGAAACCGUUCCAAAAGUCACUGCAAUCUCUUUUUCUGUUUUCCAAGUGCAUCAUUGUAAUUAAUCUAUAUUAGAACAGAAA